AAUUAUAAUUAAAGAUUUGUGGGUUAAAAAUAUGUAAUAGCGUUAUCUAUUAAACAAAUAAAUAAACCUAAUAAUUCCAAUAAAAAACAUCAUGGACUUCGAAAGUCCAGAUGUAGAAAAAGAUUUUCCAGGCUUAUACGCCUCAGAAACUGGACGUAAAAGUAAUGAAAGUGACUUUAGUGAUGGUUGUGAGCAUGAGAAACACAGUAAAAAGGAUUUACUAGGACGUCGUAAAGAUAAAAAAGAAUCAAAAAAAGAUAGAGGUUAUGCUGCUCUAGGAGGUGAAAGCUCUCCUGAAGAAGAUACUGAUACAAAAAGUCCUUCAAAAACAAAGAAGACAAAGUCAUUUAAAUUCCCGACAAAAAGUAAAGAGAAACGUGAGAAGUCCAGAGAUAAGGAGAAAGUCUUAGAAGAUGUGGCCAAGCAAAAAGAAUUGAGUGAAAAGGAGAAGAAGAAAGAAAGGGAACGAGAAAAAGAAAGAGAAAGGGAGAAGAAAGAAAAGGAAAAGAGAGAGAAGUUAAGAGAAAAGGAUAAGGAAAAAGAGGAAAAAGCUAAAUUCAAGCUCGAAUCGAAGGAGAAAUUAAAAGAUGAUAAAAAAGAAAAGGUAAAAGAUAAAGAUAAGGAAAAGGUGAAGGAAAAAGACAAGGAAAAAGUUAAAGAAAAAGAUAAAGAUAAAAAAGAUAAAAAGCUAACGAAGGUGCCGUCCACGGUGACGUCUGGUGUGCCUUUUGAAGAAAUAUUUACUUUGGGAGUUGCGUUACCCAUAUUCGGAGUACCUCUGCAACAGUCGGUCGAGCGAUCGCGAUGCCACGACGACACCGGCCUGCCGCUCGUUGUUCGCGACAGCAUCGACUUUUUACAGGCGCAUGGCUUGAAGUCGAAUCAGAUAUAUCGGACCGAGCCCGACAAGAUAAAGCUUCAGCAGUUACGUAAACUGUUCACGGACAGGGGACCAACGUUCCCGUAUCACUGGGAUGUGCCGGUCGCUUGCGCAAUGCUGAAGAGUUUUAUCAGCGAGUUACCAGACUCGAUACUCACACAAGAAUUACACGGUCAGUUCGAGCAAGCAACAGCGAUAGCGGAACCCCAACGAGAGGCCACAAUGAUAAAGCUCAUAAGCAAAUUGCCGGCCUGCAACCACAGCCUACUGGGCUGGCUCAUGCGACACUUCGAAAAUGUCGUCGCUAAUGAACAGACGAAUCACGCGAACAUCCAAACAAUAGCAACGGCAAUGGGUCCAGCCCUAAACAUGUCGUUGAAUUUGCUGACGUAUUUCAUCUCUAAAGCGGACAAACUGUUCCCUGAAGUUCGCCUCACCAAAUACGUGCCUCCCCUGUUAUCGAUCCCGGCAGACUUUCCUGAAACGGCGAAUGAGAUUAGCGAGGAACUGCGCAAGCAGGAGUCGCUUCUGAAUCAGAUCCAUGCGGAAAUGCACGCCGGCUUCAUCACUAAUGCAAGGGAUCAGCAACUGUGGGAAGCGCAGAGGAUCGUCACACAGUUGAAGAGGAAACUCCGGUCCGUUCAAAAAUCUGUUGAACCGAAUACGGUGCCUGUCCAACAAGUGUCACUAGACGAGAAACAGGAAGACGAACCAACGCGGCGGAACUCGCAACCAAGUGAAGCGGCAGUUACAGAAACGGAAAUAAAAACACCACAGGCAAUCGAACCUUUCCCAGAAGCAAAAGAAACUCCAAACACAACCGACCCAACAUUCCCAGUAGAAUUUGAAGAUAAUUUCGAAUUUAAACCGACUGAGACGAAAGAAACGACGGAAACGGAUGUAUCAACAGAACGAAUAAUAGAAAAACCAAAAUUCACUGAGAAGGAAUUAAAAGUGUUAAGAUUGCAAUUAGAGAAUGCCGAGUAUUUGCAACUGAAAUCGCUUCUUCAAGCGAAAAUCAACUCGGAACAGUUCGAAAUCGUUAAACUUAGGAGUCAUGUUGCCUUGAAAAAUAAACAAGAGGGUAACGUCACAAGUAACAAGGAUAAUAAAGAAAAUUACACGCCAGAAGAGCAGGAGCUGAGACAAAAGUUGAUAAAGGAAAACGCUAUGUUGGAGCAGAAGAGACUGAACUUGGUCAACCAGAUAUUCCAAGAGAGGGUUUCGUGUAUACAGCUAAAAAUAGAAUUAGCGAUGAAAGAAAUAAUGUCCAAAUCCUAAAUUAUAAUUUAUAAUUAUUUAUUCUAGAUUAAGAUCCAUUUUAUCAAUUAGAAAUCUUGUUUUGUCUAUUCCAAAACUGUAACUUAGUUAUAUGACAUAUAAGCGCACUGAUAUAAUAAAUAUGUUACUAUAACACA